AUGGCUGUCACAGACAGACCCUCGAAGGACAGGGUCGACCGAGUGUCCUCUUCAGAGGACAACAACAAUGCCCACCUUCCAACGACAACAAUAAUGCCAAGUUUCUCCGCACAUUUGGCGAAUUCCGACGAGUCCUUGAAAGAAAAUGAGAUAUUUUCCGAGUCAUUGGGCAAGCCUUCACAAAACUGCGCCCAACCGGAGAACUGCUUACGCCUCACCCUCGCCCCAUCUUCGCUGCACCGACACCCUUUACAUCCCACCGACGAGGCCCGACGCAACCACCACCCCAAUGUUACCCCACCGACGAGGACCGACGCUACCACCACCCCAAUGUCACCCCACCGACGAGGACCGACGCUACCACCACCCCAAUGUCACCCCACCGACGAGGCCCGACGCUACCUACGUCCCAAUGUCACCCCACCGACGAGGCCCGACGCUACGUACGCCCCAAUGUCACCCCACCGACGAGGCCCGACGCUACCUGCGCCCCAAUGUCACCCCACCGACGAGGCCCGACUCUACCACCUCCCCAAUGCCACCCCUCCGAAAGGCCCGACGCUGCCACCACCCCAAUGUCACCCCACCGACGAGUCCCGACGCUACCACCACCCCAAUGUCACCCCACCGAUGAGGCCCGACGCUGCCACCACCCCAAUGUCACCCCACCGACGAGGCCCGACGCUACGCGUGCCCCAUGUCACCCCACUUGCGGGGCCCGCCGCUGUGAGGACCCCAAUAUGUCACCCCACCGACGCCCACAGACGCUGCGUCCCCCACUUGACGCGAGUUGACGGAACAACAGAAAUGAGGACGAGAGUUUGCUCAUGGAAUGGAAGGUGGGCUGAAUAA